CAGGCAGCACACAGGAGGAUGUCUCUGCACAGAAAUAACCAGCUAAGAGAAAUGGGAGCACAGAGGAGAGCAGCUUCUUCCAAUAACAUCAGCAAGCUUCUUCAGCAGCAGUGCCAGGAAGAAGGCACCACAAUCACCAUCACCUGAGUCUGCUGCUUCCCAUGGACUGAUAGGGUAAGCAGUGCUGAGCAGAAGACCAUCAUACACUAGAAUGAGAUAGAAGGGUCGUUGCUGUGCUGAGGGUGAGAUCAGUAGUUCAUUUCUACAGAAGCUUUGCCGCAUUGUCAAUUUUCCCUGCAAUACUCUCUUCCCACAUUCACACUUUGUGUUGCCAUGAAGACUGCUGCUCAGCUAUAUGCAUCAUUAUAGUUACUCCGUGUCCUCUGCAAAGAGAAUGCUGCCAAGGAUUCUGCACUUGCCUUUAUCAUUACUACAGUUAUUACCAGCCACAGCUUCCUUGAGGAACCACUAGGAAACUUUACAGGCUGCUGUAUUUCUUGCCUAGUCUUGUGAUGUGUGCCUGCCUCUUCUACUGCACUUCCAUGGUGGGAGAUCUUUUAUUGCAAUCUCUAUGCUUCUGUUCUUCUCCAGGACUGUCAUUGAAGUACGGUACUAUCAUGUGUGCUGACUUUUUUUGGACCCGGUAAGUAAAUAAUUCAAAUGACUGGAAGACUAGCCAUGAGCAAUUAAGGUACAUAUGCUUGUGUGGCAACCAUCCCCUAUGGAAUAGUCUUUUUGCUUUAGUUCCUCAUCUUGAUCGAAUACCUGGAAAACCAGCUCUGCUUCACUGUGGAUGCUGCAGGGUCCAGAUUGUUGCCCAGUUUGUAAACUUUCAUUGUGAAGCAUUGAGAACUUGCUGAGGAUGCAGGUAGCCAUCCACAAAUGUUUCUAUAGGCAUCAGCUCCUGCUCAGUGCACAUUGAUUGGUUGGCCAGCUCUGGAUUCAAGAUCUGAAAUCAGUUCCCUGUCAGAUGGUGUUCUUCCCACUGUUAAUGCCAACAAAGUUUUUUCAGUCACUGGUCAUAUUAUUACUGAGUAACUCUUUUUGGAAUUAAACAUUUUUCAUGUACACAGGGAUGUUUACUUGUUUCCCAACCAGCUUAGACAUUGACAAGACACCCAGAAUUAAUACCUGUUCAAGGGGAAACUGAAGAUCCAAGACUGAGGAGGUUGAUGGCUUCUCUUAGAAGAGUUAAAAUCUUGCUGGUGUUGAACCUGAUUGCGGUUGCUGGAUUUGUUCUGUUUUUGGCCAAGUGUAGACCAAUUACUGUGAAAGGUGGGGAGUCUUUCCAUGAGAUCCAUCCAAGGGCAGAGGUGACAAACUUCUCCACCCAUGGAGUCAGCCCUAUCCAGGAAGCAGUGCUGAAAAGGCUCUCCCUUUUAGAGGACAUAGUCUACAGACAGCUCAAUGGUUUAUCAAAAUCACUCGGGCUAAUUGAAGGUUAUGGUGGCCGGGGUAAAGGUGGGCUUCCAGCUACACUUACCCCUGAAGAAGAAGAGAAAGCCAAAGGACCACAUGAAAAGUAUGGCUACAAUUCCUACCUCAGUGAGAAAAUUUCACUGGAUCGGGCAAUACCAGACUAUAGACCAACUAAGUGCAAGAAAUUAAAAUACCCAAAGGAACUUCCCCAGAUUUCAAUCAUUUUCAUCUUUGUAAAUGAAGCCCUGUCAGUGAUCCUUCGAUCAGUACACAGUGCAGUGAAUCAUACACCUGUCCAUCUUCUGAAGGAAAUUAUUCUUGUGGAUGACAACAGUGAUGAAGAGGAGCUAAAAGGACCUUUAGAAGAAUAUGUCCACAAGCGAUAUCCCGGUCUCGUUAAAGUAGUCCGCAAUCAUAAAAGAGAGGGAUUGAUUAGAGCUCGGAUAGAAGGCUGGAAAGUUGCAACUGGACAAAUCACUGGAUUUUUUGAUGCACAUGUUGAAUUUACUGCUGGCUGGGCUGAGCCAGUUUUAUCUCGAAUACAAGAAAACAGAAAAAGAGUCAUUUUGCCUUCAAUAGACAAUAUUAAGCAAGAUACAUUUGAAGUUCAGAGAUAUGAAAAUUCAGCACAUGGAUACAGCUGGGAACUUUGGUGCAUGUACAUAAGUCCUCCAAAAGACUGGUGGGAUGCAGGGGAUCCAUCUUUACCGAUAAGAACUCCUGCCAUGAUUGGCUGCUCCUUUGUUGUUAACAGACAGUUCUUUGGGGAGAUUGGUCUUCUGGAUCCAGGAAUGGACGUAUAUGGAGGAGAAAAUAUUGAACUUGGUAUAAAGGUGUGGUUAUGUGGUGGAAGUAUGGAAGUCCUCCCAUGUUCAAGAGUGGCACAUAUAGAACGCAAAAGAAAGCCUUAUAACAAUAAUAUUGAUUUUUACACAAAGAGAAAUGCUUUACGGGUAGCUGAAGUUUGGAUGGAUGACUACAAAUCACAUGUUUACAUUGCAUGGAAUUUACCAUUAGAGAACCCAGGAAUUGACAUUGGUGAUAUAUCAGAAAGAAUCGCUUUAAGAAAAAGCUUGAAGUGCAAAAACUUCCAGUGGUACUUGGAUAAUGUUUAUCCAGAAAUGAGAAGAUACAAUAAUACUGUUGCAUAUGGAGAGCUACGGAACAACAAAGCUAAAGAUGUUUGUCUAGACCAAGGCCCACAGGAGAAUCACACGGCUAUAAUGUAUCCUUGCCAUGGAUGGGGUCCUCAGCUUGGGAGAUAUACAAAAGAAGGCUACCUCCAUCUGGGUACUCUAGGGAGCACAAUCCUUUUGCCUGAUACUCGUUGUUUAGUGGAUAAUAAAAAAAGUAAAUUUCCCCAACUUAUGGAUUGUGAUAAGGUGAAAAGCACACUUCAUAAGCGCUGGAGCUUUAUACAGAAUGGAGCAAUAAUGAAUAAAGGUACGGGACGCUGCCUAGAAGUUGAAAACAGAGGCAAUGCAGGAGUUGAUUUGAUUCUUCGGAGCUGUACGGGACAACGAUGGACUAUUAAAAACUUCAUCAAAUAGCAGGAAACAGAGAGAUCUGUAAUUUGGAAAUAUUAUAGACUUGAUCUCUUUCUUUAAGAGGUAUUCCUACAGAAUCAACUCUUGGAGUUAUUUCAUGACUUCUGAUGUGGAGCGGGUCAGAAGUUUUUCCUUCAGGAUUUACGUUAAAUGCAACCAUUGAAUUUAUUCUUUGGGAUUAAAAUGAUCCAGUACCAAAUUAUCCAUUUUGCAUGCUUGAUUGUUAGUUUAAUGAAUUCAAAGCUCUGUGACCUAACAUUUAUGAAAUUCUCUGGAUAUAUCAGCACAAAGAAAAUGAUACAGAAGAAACAGGCUGUCUUUUAUUCACCAUUCUUUUAAAUAAAGAUGAUUUGAACUUCUGAGAACACAAGUCUUACCACUUAAUGCAGUAAUCCACGGACACUGGAGCCACAUGUGGUUCUUGUGCCUUCUGCAUAUGGAUCCCUAGCUACUGUCAGCUGCAAACGGUAUUGUGCACUAGUUGCAAUGUGGAUGUUAAAGCAUUGCUAGAGCUUACCAAACCACUUCUCUGACUGGUACCACUGUGGUAAGAACCAUAUUGCUUGUUCAUGUAGCCAGCAAGAUUUAUCAAAUGGGUACCAGUGCAGUGAACUUCCUCACAUGCGUGCAAAGCUGGUCAUGUACUUUAGUUUGCUGUCAGCUGGCAGCUAUUAUUCCCAUUUCCCCAUACACAUACAUAUUUGGCUUGGUUGAACAUGCAUGUGUUCUCAGUGGGGAGAGGGGAGUAAGCUCCUAGAGGUGUUUUUCACCAGCUUACUCCUGUCUUGAUACUGAGAACAUACAUACACAAUCUGCCAAGUCCAGUGUGCACGUGUAUGGGGAAAUCUAACAUGCCAACCUUUCUUACCCAGAACAUCUGCUGU